AUAAAUCUCCCCCUAGGGAACUAAGGAAUACCUCAGGUUGAGCAGAAAUCACCUCAGUCAGUGUUAAGCUCCCCUCUUACAGCCGAUAAGCAUGGCAUUUGAUGGCACCUGGAAGGUGGAGAAGAGUGAAAACUAUGAGAAGUUCAUGGAGGCGAUGGGUAUUAAUUUAGUAAAGAGAAAACUAGGGGCCCAUGACAACCUGAAGAUCAUUAUUCAACAAGACGGAAACAAAUUCACCAUCAAAGAAUCCAGCAAUUUCCGCACAAUAGAGAUAGUAUUCAACCUGAGAGAGAAUUUUGACUACAGCUUGGCUGACGGAACUGAACUCCAUGGCAACUGGGACAUGAAAGGCAGCCAGCUUGUAGGCACAUUCAACCGAAAAGAUAAUGGGAAGGAACUUAAGGCACUGAGAGAAAUCGUAGGAGAUGAAAUGAUUCAGACUUACGUCUAUGAAGGAGUUACAGCAAAGAGAAUCUUCAAGAGAGGUUGAACAACAGCCCAGGAUUGAAAUUUGAAAUAAAACGGUACUUUAUUUAUGGGAACUGUAAUUUCCCCACCAAGCACAAGAGUAAUAGAGUUCUGAUAUGCUUGCCAACAUACUAUAACUGAAACGCAACUAAUGUAUGUCUAUCU